AUGGAGUGUGUUAGCACAACUUCUAUGUCGGUGUUGAUAAAUGGGUUGCCAAUAAAGCCGUUCAAGAUGGAAAGAGAUUUGCGACAAGGUGAUCCUCUAUCUCCAUUCUUGUUUGUUCUUGUUGUGGAUGUCCUACAUAGAAUGAUUGGAGUGGCAGUCAGGAACGGUCGGAUAGCUCCAUUACUUGUUGGGAGAGACAAUAUAGAACUGUCACAUCUCCAGUUUGCUGAUGAUACUGUAUUAUUCUGUCCACCAGAGGAGGAGACUAUUAAAAAUUACAAGAGGCUGCUUCGUAGUUUUGAGGUGAUGUUGGGGCUAAGUAUCAACUUUGACAAAUCCAACUUGAUCCCAGUCAACUGUGAACAACAGUGGGUUCAAAGUAUGUGCAGCUUGUUGGGGGUGCAAAGAGGCUACUCUCCCGGUCAGAGGGGGCCCGUGGAAGGAUAUCUGUCAGUUACAGAUCAGGGAGCAACAUAUAAGAGACAAGAUGAUAAAUGGCUUGUCUAUGGAUAUUGGCAAUGGCAAGAAACUCUUUUUUGGGAAGAUGUGUGGCUAAGUGGUGGUCCUCUAAAGGAAAGGUUUCCAAGGCUUUUCUCAGUUUCAGAUCAAAAAGAAUCUGUCAUAGGGAACUAUGGUUUCUGGGAUGGGUUAGAGUGGAUUUGGAACUUCCAGUGGAGGCGUGAGCUUUUCCAAUGGGAGUUGGAAUUGGUGAAUCAACUACAUGAUGCUUUGAGACCGAUUAAACUAGCUUUUGAUAGAGAGGAUAGAGUUGUCUGGAAGUUUGACAAGCAAGGCAUUUUUUCUACUAACUCAUUUGUGCAGGUCUUGCAGGUGGAAACAUUACUGGAAGAGAUAACAAGCUAUAGCUUCACGAAGACUAUUUGA